CCGAGGCAAAGUUAUGGGACUUCUGAUAGCGAGUGCCAUCAGCGUGACUGCUCCCCGUUGAUUGGUUUCGAUAAGGCCAAAGUCAGAGAUAGCCUUCUCUCUCUCCCUUCCUCUCCAAAAAAAGUAAAAAGAAAAAAAAAGAAAAAAGGAAAGUAGAUCUCUGAUCCCUCAUGGCUCCCUACACUUUGCCGAGAAAAUAAGAAACCCCUGUAUCUUUUCUCGAGAAAAUAUGUCGGACGCUUUGAUCAAUGGCCUGGCCGGAGCUGGCGGCGGAAUCAUCGCCCAGCUCAUCACAUAUCCUCUUCAGACUGUUAAUACUCGACAACAAACAGAACGUGGAUUGAAGAAGGAAAAGAGCAAGCUCGGAACUAUUGAACAAAUGCUUCAGGUUAUAAAUCAUGAAGGAUGGGAACGGUUGUACGGAGGUUUGGCGCCAUCAUUAGUGGGCACAGCAGCAUCUCAGGGUGUUUACUAUUAUUUCUAUCAAAUAUUCAGGAACAAGGCUGAAGCUGCUGCACUUGAACGUAGGAAGAUAGGGGUUGGUGAUGGAUCUGUUGGAAUGCUAUCUUCACUAGUGGUUGCUGCGUUAUCUGGGUGUGUGAAUGUGCUGUUCACAAAUCCUAUAUGGGUAGUUGUUACACGCAUGCAGACGUAUAAAAAAAACUCAAAGAAGUCCGAGCCUGGUCCGGAGCUAUUAACUGCUCAAGAUGAAGCAGUCCUUGCUGCAGCUGAGCCUCCUCCCUUUGGGACAACUCAUGCGAUCCAGGAAGUUUAUGAUGAAGCUGGAGUUUUGGGUUUCUGGAGAGGUGUAUUCCCGACAUUGAUCAUGGUGAGUAAUCCUUCCAUACAAUUUAUGCUGUAUGAAACUAUGUUGAAGAAGCUGAAGCAAAGACGUGCUUUGAGUAAGAAGGAUAACAGUGGGGUUACUGCUUUAGAGAUAUUUCUUCUUGGUGCUUUGGCGAAACUUGGGGCUACGGUCGUGACUUAUCCUCUUUUAGUUGUGAAGUCGCGGCUUCAAGCAAAACAGGUUACAACUGGUGACAGAAGGCAUCAUUAUAAAGGUACGUCAGACGCUAUACUAAAGAUGAUUCGCUAUGAAGGAUUAUAUGGGUUUUACAAAGGGAUGGGAACAAAAAUAGUACAAAGUGUACUUGCGGCUGCUGUUCUGUUCAUGAUUAAGGAAGAGCUUGUUAGGGGUGCUCGGUUCUUGCUCACUAACAAAGUGAAAUCAAAGCCUCCAUAGUUGUGAACCUAACCUCUCUUUUUCGGCCACGCCUUCACCUCCCCAUUCCCAAUUGGUUUAUUUCAUAGUGUUAUCGUUGCAAGAUCAAAUAUUUAUUCGAAAUGUAUUCGUCAUUGUUGGCAAAGUGGUACAUUGAAUAUAAGGGAUUUAGGGGGAUCAAUUUGGGGUAA